AGGUGAGAGGUGAGUGAAGGUUGAGGCGCAGGAGUGGUGAGGGGCCGGGCGCCAGGGGGCAGCACCGGCCGCCACCAGUCCUGCCCUGACACCAGUCUCCUUAACACCGUCGCUGCUCUCCUCUCUUCCUUCACCACGCCCUCAUAACCCACACUGACAAUGUCGUCUCGCAAGGCUGGAAAGAAGAUUACCAAGAAGCGUGCCCAGCGUGCUACUAGUAAUGUUUUUGCAAUGUUUGACCAAGCUCAGAUUCAAGAGUUUAAAGAAGCGUUCAAUAUGAUUGACCAGAACCGUGAUGGAUUUAUUGACAAAGAUGAUCUGCAUGACAUGUUAGCGUCCUUAGGAAAGAAUCCUACUGAUGAAUAUCUGGAUUCCAUGAUGAAUGAGGCUCCUGGACCCAUCAACUUUACAAUGUUCCUAACAUUGUUUGGUGACCGUCUUCAGGGCACAGAUCCUGAGGAUGUAAUAAAGAAUGCAUUUGGAUGUUUUGAUGAAAAUAAUCAAGGUUACAUUAAUGAAGAGCAACUUCGGGAACUCCUGGUUUCCAUGGGUGAUCGCUUCACAGAUGAGGACGUUGAUGAAAUGUACCGUGAAGCUCCAAUCAAGAAUUCAAUGUUUGAUUAUGUGGAGUUCACACGCAUCUUGAAGCAUGGAGCCAAAGAUCUAGAAGACCAGUAAUAAGUGAAUUAGCUGCAUGGCGCUCAUCAGUCUAGCAGUUGAUUGGAGCAUAUAUUAGAAUUUUUUUAAUAACACAUUUUUUGACCUUGUCAGGAAUUUUGUAUAUUGCCAAGCUUCUACAUGUACCGUUUGUAAGUUAAAUUUUUAUAUAUUUGAAGAUAAUUUAGUGGGCUUGUAAGACAUUUACAUAGCAGUGUUUCUAUCACUGGAAAACAAUAUCAGUAUUUAGGGAAUUAUCUCACUUAGAAACAGAAUGGACAGUAUCUGGUUUAAGACAGAUUACAUGCCCCAUAGAAAACCCAUAUAAAAUGUAAGGCCUGGACAAGAACAGGGUAAUAGUUUUCAAAAAAAAACUUUUGAUCUUGUAUGUAAACACUUUAAAAAAUAAUCAAAAGCUUUAUUGCUGUUCAACUUAAGGUUGGUAUUGGAUAAUUUACACACACACACACACACACACACACGCACUCAGUUUCAUGCUCCCUCUCGCUCUCUUUGAAGUACAAUACACUGAAAAUAUGAAUAAAAUUAAUGUUUAAUUUAAAUAUAUGUAAAGAAUUGUCAGGAAAAAUAUAUUACUAAUAUAGAAUAUUGUAUUUGAAAUAUUUGGAUUAUCAAUAUAGUAAGGUGUGUAAACUGGAGAAGGUAAGGAAAAAGUCCUGAGGUAUGUCUUUGUAAGAAACUCUUCACCUUUUCAUAACAUGAGGAAUGAGUAAUGGAACCUGCCUCAGGUUAUAUAUUGUUUGAUUCAUAGCUUGUUAUUUAUUACAAACUUUAGAUACCUAAUAGUGAUUUGCUAGUACUUAAUAGUGCCUUAACAUAAAAAAUUAUUUGUAUGAAAUUUUGCAAUAUAGUAUGGUAUUAGGGUCUCGGUAGAAUUGUGCUUGUUUUAAUUACAUAGGACUUUUAGAUUAUCUUCAUUCCAGUAAUUUAUACGAGACUACUUGUCUCCUGUUUGAUAAUUGUUUUUAAUCAUGAUUUCCAUUUAUUGGCUUAUAUUAAUGUAUGAGCUCAUUCCAGUGCAAAACUUUAUACCAAUAUUGUACUCCAGUCUUUCUACAAUAAAAGAAAACAAAA